GCACUUUCUCAGGCAGUUGUGCCGCUGCCCCGCCCUUGCACUGCUUUAAAGGGAACCUGCCCGCCCUGCCUGCAACAGCACAGAGCGGCACAAUGCAGAAGGGGGACGGCACGAUAAAGAUCCACGUUGAGUACUGUGGAAGGUGAGGGUAUGAGGCCCGCUAUCAGGAGCUUGCGUCCGAAAUCAAGAAGCAUGUACCUGAUGCGGAAAUUACUGGUGGAGUAGGAAGAACUGGGAGCUUUGAAGUGAAAGUAAAUGGGGAGCUGAUCUUCUCUAAACUUGAAUGUGGUGGAUUUCCAUAUGGAGAAGAUAUUGUGGAAAUAGUGAAGAAAAUGAAGGAAGGCAAAAGUGCAGAAAAGGCAACCAGAAACAAGAAGUCAUGCUCCAUCCAGUGAGGUGCACCAUGGGAAAGAGUGAAAAUCUGACUGGAUUACAGGCUGGAGCAGGUCCUGCUAAUGACUGGUUUCAUCAAAAACUAGAGGAAAUCACGAGCAAUACUAGAAUCUGUUCCCCUCGGCUGUAAUGCAUCAGGUUCAAUCUCCAAUAAAUCUUUUCACUUUGGGUA